AUGCGGCGCGCCAGCCGAGACUACGCCAAGUACUUGCGCGGCGCCGAGGAGCCGGAGGGCGCCCCGCCGCUGCCUUCCCUGCCCGCGCCCCCUCCGCCGCCCAGCGCGCAGCCCUCCGCCGCGCCCGCCUCGCGCUCGCUGCUGGCCGCGCUGGCGCUGCUGGGCCUCGGCCAGGUGGUCUGCAGCAUCGCCCUCUUCCUCUACUUCCGAGCGCAGAUGGACCCUAACAGAAUUUCGGAAGAGGACACGCAUUGUCUGAGAACCUUUCUGAGACUCCAGGGGAAUAUAGACCUGCAGGAAACAACCUUGGCAAACCAAGAAACAAGGCUGCUGUCUGAAUCGUGCAGAAGGAUGAAGCAGGCAUUUCAAGGAGCGAUGCAGAAGGAAGUCCAGCGUAUUAUUAUUGGUAAGGAUCAGUCAAGAUCAGAUAAAUCUACAAUGGGAGCAUCAUGGCUAGAUUUGCCCAAGAAAAACAAGCCUGACAAAGCACCCCUUGCUCAUCUCAUAAUCGAUGGCAAUAAAAUUCCAGCUGGUACCAAAAAAGUGAACCUUACAUCUUGGCAUCACGACAAAGGCUGGGCAAACAUACGGAAUAUGACAUUCAGUGAUGGAAAAUUGGAAGUCAAUCAUGAUGGCUUUUAUUAUCUGUACACCAAUGUAUGCUUUAGACACCAUGAAGCUUUGGGAAACCUAACUGGACAAAUUCUGCAGUUGAUGGUAUAUGUCAUAAAAACAGAUGCUAAAAGGAGAAACCCUGUAGUUUUGAUGAAAGGAGGAAGUACAAAGAAUUGGUCAGGAGACUCAGAAUUUCAUUUUUAUUCUGUAAAUGUAGGAGGGUUUUUCAAGCUGAAAUCUGGUGAAAUAAUAAGUAUCCAGGUAUCCUACCCUUCAUUACUGGAUCGCUCUCCGGAAGGAACUUACUUUGGGGCCUUUAAAAUAAGGGAUAUCGAUUGAGUUUUGCUACAGGAUUUUUCAGAGGGGAAGUAGCCUAUUCAUUCAACUGGACCAGAUUAUGGGAGAUGUGAUGGAACGGCUUUUAGGAUCCAAUUGUACAGGAACGAUCAUUUCUCCCUAGACCAGGGGUAGUCAGUGUGGUGCUCUCUAUCUUUUUUCGGACCACAACUCCCAUAACUGCUGGCCAUUGGAGAGGCUGACUAGGGGUUGAUGGGAGUUGUACCCCGAGAAUAUCCGUUGAGCACCACAUUGGCUAUCCUUGUUGCAGCCAGUCUUCUCUACAGCUCAAUUGCACUUAGGAUAGUUCAUUUUCCAAUGCUUAAUUUUAAAUUUAUUUGUGAAGAUCUAGGUUAUGGAUUUGGGAUAUGUGGAUAUAAAUUGGCAUCAGUCCAUAAUAAGCAU